AUGGCAUCCCAUACAGACCCGUCGGUGUCACGGCUACUCACACUUUCAAACACCGAUGUCCAGUUAGCAGUGCCAGAAGAUGAUAUUGCUCCAAUUCUCUCAUCUCCUCCUUUCGUACAGAUUUCCGGCCUAUUCAACACUCGGGACCUCGGUCUAGUUCCGGGCAGCCGCAUCCGGCCGGGGCUUGCUUUCCGCAGCGGCUCUCUCGAGGGAAUAGACGAAAAAGGCAGGCAAGCACUAUUUUAUACGUUAGGUAUCAAGUCAAUUUUCGAUCUACGGUCGCCGGGCGAGCGGGAGAAAUGCCCGGAGCCACACAUACCGGGCAUUGAAAGCGUAUGGGUUCCAAACGCGUACAACAAUACCAUUGACAUUCGCGACUUCGUUGAAGGAGGCGGAGAACGCGGUUACUGCAAGAUGUAUAUGGACAUGAUGGAGGUCUAUGCCCCCACCAUGAAAGUGGUUCUGCAGCAUGUGAGAGACCGCCCUGGCGAGCCGUUUCUAUUUCAUUGCGCACUUGGUCGUGACAGAACCGGCAUUUUGGCAGGUUUGUUGAUGUCGCUUGCCGGUGCCGACGAACAGACCGUAACUCUCGAUUACAUGCUGACGCGAAUCGGGUCUGAACCCGUCCGUGAGAUACUACUCGAACGGGCGAAACAUGACAACAACUGUGAAAGCGGCCUUGAUGUUCCCGCGUUUUAUAAUCUUUGCAGUCUGCGAGUGAGCACUUGGGAACUUUUCGUGAGUGAGGUAAAGGCCAAGUACGGCGGCUUUGAAAAGUAUGUCACUUGUAGACUCGAAAUUGCUGAAGAUGAUUUGGAUCAGAUCAAGAAGAAUCUGAGAGCAUAA